AUGCGGGCGGGCCAUGCAAGUGUUCUCGAAUAUUUCCCCCAUGGUGGCAUCGACUUGCCUAGUACUUUUACGAUUUAUGGCUACUCUAUCCCCACUAUUAAUAUUUCUGUCGUUGCCGGUUCGUUCCUAUUCUUUCGCGUGUUACAAUACGUAGUACGAUGGUACUUAUUCGGCAAAUGUUCUUUCCGUGCCUUCUCAUACUUUGGAAUAAGUGGAAGAAACCGAAACCAAGAUAGCAGCAGGGAUUUGACGGUUGUUCCGCCAAACAAAAAAUGGCGAAUAUCAAAUGAAGCUGUGUCAUUAAUCCAUUCAGUUGUAAGUGGAUUAUGGGCUGGCUAUGCAUUACUGUUCUACCAGCGUCUUUUCGAAGAUCUCAUAUCCUAUCGAUGUCAAGUUGCACUUGAUUUGAUAUACGUUUCAUUUGGCUAUCUUUUACACGACUUCUUCGAUCUCAUUAUGAACGAGCAAUCAGCACGUAUCAUUGAGUUGGUUUUCCAUCACAUUGUCGUGAUCACUGGAUUUAUCGUUACCCUGGUUACGAAAAAAUAUCUUGGUGUAGUAAUAUUUGGUCUUCUCAUGGAGCUCAACUCAGUAUUCCUUCAUACUAGAAGCCUUAUGAAUUUAUACGGUGUGAAGAAGAAAUCAACGUCUUUUCGCCUUGUUGCAUUGCUUAAUAUCGUGACUUUAGCAGUGUUCCGAAUUAGUGUGUCUUUCUAUCUAGUCUACUGGGCUAUCAUACAGAUUCCAGAAAUUCCAUGGUUACACAAUGUUUUCACUAUCUUUGUGAUCUUUUCUUUGUUCUGCUCGAACGCUGUUCUUGCCUACAGAGUUAUGGCCGCUGACGGUCUUUUCGGACAAUCCCGAGCACGUAAGUCCCCCGCACAAACGGCGAGUACGGCAGUCGAUGUUGAGGCAGGAGAAAAGGAUGAGGAAGCCGACGAAGAUGAUCAGUUCGACGACUAUUAUGGCCUUGAAGAUUUCCCCUUCACAGGAGGACAUCAUAGUUGGACGAGAAUUUACAACAUGAAGUUGCCGUCCAAACAACGGAUGCGCGUGUUCUUGUCGACGAUGUCACUCAAACGGUUUCUUAAACCAUUAUGUGUAUUCGUGGUUGUUCCACAACGUUUCAAAAGAUCCUCCUAUGCAUCAUUAUUUCGGUCGCUAAGCUUUCGUGGUGCCCAAAUUUCUGGUGUGAGUGCUAAGAAAUCGUUGGAACAGUAA